UCAUUCUAGGGUUUAUUAUAAGGAGUCGAGCGCUGGGCAGCAGCCGCAGAGAGACGCGGACAGACAGGCCAGCGAGACCGUGACUGUGUGGAGCCGACAGAAACCGCGCACCCGGCACCGUCCCUCAGUCCCUGCGCUACCCGACCCGACUGAGCCUCUAACUGGGGCCGCGCUGCACGAACACCGAGGCGGCGCAAAGACCCGACUGCAGCCGGAGGAGGGCGAACCCGCUCCCGAAACAGCGCACAGAGGAGGAAGAAGCAGACCCCGCUAUAGAACCCCCGUGAUCCACCCGCCACACCAGGACGAUGAUUCAAGCUCCCUCCCUCCCCUCCCUCCUCCUCCUCCUCCUCCUCCCCUCCCUCUUCCCAGCUCUGGACUCGGAGCUCUCCGUCACGACCCGGGCAGGCAGGGUCAAGGGGGUCCGUCUGCCGGUUCCGAACUCGAGAGGAGGCAGCGGGGGCAGCGGGGGUCACGUCUCCGCCUUCCUGGGGAUCCCCUUCGCGGAGCCCCCAGUGGGGAAGCUGCGUUUCCAGCCCUCGCACCCCAAGAAGCCAUGGCCGGGGACGUGGGACGCGGGCUCGUACCCCAAAGCCUGCUACCAGUACGUGGACACCUCGUACCCGGGCUUCCCUGGCAUCGAAAUGUGGAACCCCAACCGGGAGAUGAGCGAGGACUGCCUGUACCUCAAUAUCUGGGUCCCGUCGCCCCGCCCGCGCAACGCCUCCGUCAUGGUCUGGAUCUACGGAGGCGGGUUCUACAGCGGCUCGGCGUCGCUCGACGUGUACGACGGACGCUUCCUGGCCCAAUCCGAACAGGUCCUGGUGCUCUCCAUGAACUACAGGGUGGGGGCCUUCGGGUUCCUGGCCCUCCACGGCUCCCAGGAAGCCCCCGGCAACGUGGGGCUCCUGGACCAGCGCCUGGCCCUCCAGUGGGUGCAGGAAAACAUUCAUUUUUUCGGCGGCAAUCCCAAAUCGGUGACCAUAUUCGGGGAGAGCGCCGGGGGUGCCUCCGUGGGGAUGCACCUCCUGUCUCCGGGCAGCCGCCCGCUCUUCUCCCGCGCCAUCAUGCAGAGCGGGGUUCCCAACUGCCCCUGGGCCACCGUCACCCCGGCCGAGGCCCGCAGGAGGGCCACGCUGCUGGGCAAGCUGGUGGGGUGCGAGGGGGGCGGCUCCUCCGGGAUCAACGACAGCCAGCUGGUGGACUGCCUGCGCUCCAGGGAGCCCCAGGAGCUGAUCGAUCAGGAGUGGCUGGUGCUGCCCUAUCGGAGCCUGUUCCGCUUCUCCUUUGUGCCGCUGAUCGACGGCGUCUUCCUCCCCGACCCCCCCGAGGCGGCGCUGAGCCCCGCCGGGUUCAGGGACCCCCCCCCGGCGGUGCUGCUGGGGGUGAACCAGGACGAGGGCUCCUACUUCCUGCUGUACGGGGCGCCCGGCUUCAGCAAGGACAACGAGAGCCUGAUCAGCAGGGAGGAUUUUUUGGAAGGGGUGCGCAUGAGCGUCCCCCAUGCCAACGACAUCGGCCAGGAGGCCGUGGUGCUGCAGUACACCGACUGGAUGGACGAGGACAACCCCGUCAAGAACCGCAACGCCCUGGACGACAUCGUGGGCGACCACAACGUCAUCUGCCCCCUGCUUCACUUCGCUGGGGCGUACGCCGGUUUGGGGACCCCCGGGGGAGGGGGAGGGGGAGGGGGGGUCUAUGCUUACUACUUCGACCACCGCGCCUCUAACCUGGCCUGGCCGGAGUGGAUGGGGGUGAUCCACGGCUACGAGAUUGAGUUCGUGUUCGGGCUGCCCCUGAACCGCAGCCUGAACUACACUGCCGACGAGGAGACGCUGAGCCGACGCAUCAUGAGAUACUGGGCCAACUUCGCCAGGACUGGGAACCCGAACGAGCCCUCAGAGUCCGGGCGCCGCUGGCCCCUCUUCUCCGCCGCAGAGCAGAAAUACGUGGGGCUGAACCUGGAGCCUCUCAAGGUGUUCCGCGGGCUGCGCACCCAGGUGUGUGCCUUCUGGAACCGAUUCCUGCCCAAGCUGCUCAACGUCACAGAUAACAUCGACGACGCGGAGCGCCAGUGGAAGACGGAGUUUCACAGGUGGAGCUCCUACAUGAUGCACUGGAAGAGCCAGUUCGACCACUACAGCAAACAGGAGCGCUGCGCGGAGCUGUGAGAGUGAGUGUGUGUGUGUGUGUGUGUGUGUGUGUGUGUGUGUGUGUGUGUCUCAGUGUGUGUGUGUGAGUGUGUGUGUGUGUGUGUGUGUCUCAGUGUGUCAGUGUGUGUGUGUCUCAGUGUGUGUGUGUCAGUGUCUCAGUGUCUCAGUGUGUCUGUGCACAGAGAUACCCCCCUCUUGGUGAUCCAUCUGCGUCUCCGUCCUUCUGCCUGGUGCUGAUGGCUGAAGUGUGGCUGGACUGUGUUCCGAUUGGCUGCAGUUUAUCCCUUUCUCCUUUUCUGAUUGGUUGAGUGUGCAGGCGUGUCCCUCUCAGUGGUUGAUUCAGAAAAGUUGUAGUUGAGGAUGUUUCAAGAUUCAGAUUCAAUGAUCUUCAGUAUGUGUGUGUGCGUGUGCGUGUGCGCGUGCGUCUGUGCGUGCGUGCGUGUGUGCGUGCGAGCGUGCGUGUGCGCGUGCGUGUGUGCGUGCGUGUGUGCGUGCGUGCGUGUGUGCGUGCGUGCGGCGAUCCCCCUCCUCCAAUAGGAAUCCUUCGCAUGACCCCCACACUUUAAAACUGUUAUCUUGUAAAAUAAUAUCAUAUGAAACAAUAAUAAUAAUAAUAAUAAUAAUAAUAAUAAUAAUAAUAAGAGUAUGGAGAUGAUGUUAAUUAUGAUGACAAUGUUAGCAAUAAUAGCAUAUAACUGUCGAAGAUAUUUAAUAUUUAAAUAUGAUUACAUAUAUUUAUUACAGUGUUUUGUUAUUAUGUUGUUAAGGGGCAAUGUCUGGAUGAUGUCACAACAAAAGUAUAAUAUUUACAAAUAUAUACAUGAAUAUGUGCCGUAUUUAAAGUGUGAAUUCUAUAAUAUUUCCAUUCCUAAAUUUAUCACCGAUCUUGUUGUCAACACUGCUGUAGAGUGACAGUGUUUUGAAGUUUUUACUCAAGGCUAUACUACCAUCUGCUGGUAGAAAAGCGAAAGUACAGCCCAGUAAAAAAGAUUGUGCGCUUUACCCGUGCCGGUUCAGAAAUGGUACGUUCUGCUUCACAGAGGCUGCAGCACUGUGUGGGCUGGUGGAACGCACCAUUUCUUCGAGGGGUGUUCUGCGCACAGACCCCAGACAUUGCCCUCAGCUGCUCACUGCUUGCUUGACUGCUGUAUACAGAAUCAUUCUGCAUGGAUGUACAUUAUUUGUCUGUUUUCCUCCUUUCUCUGAGUAAAUUUGACAUCCGAGGGGGAAAUUAUUAUAUAUAUAUAAUGAUAAAAGAAAUUACAAUAAACCAAAAACAACAGAAUCACAAA